AUAAAGAAAAAAAAAAAAAAGGAAGGUGCUUGAUAUUAAAUUUAACCUCCUGCCGCUGCUGCUGCUGCUGCUAGUGAUGGGUAAAAUCUUAUAAUAAAAAGAAAAUGAUGGCAAAUCAGUUGGUAUGGAAAUGUAAUCAUCUUCUUCUUCUUCUUGGUAAGCUUGGUAGCAGAAGCACAACAAGAAAUGGUUCCUACUGUUACACAAGUACAACAUCAACAGCAGCAAGGAUAUCAAGAAGAAAGCCAGAGUUUGAACAGAUACGUUUGUGGUGCUUUAGUUCUAGUGCUUGUGCCAGUUCUAGGACUAAUGGAAAUGAAAAUGGAAAUGAAAAGAAAUACUUGCGCUUAAGCGACGAAGAAUUGAUGAGACAGUGCGAGAUGGAUACAUACAAGGCGUCGGGACCUGGUGGUCAGCAUCGCAACAAGCGAGAGUCCGCCGUCCGUAUCAAGCAUCUCCCCACCGGUAUUAUUUCUCAGGCCGUUGAGGACCGUUCCCAGCACAAGAAUCGCGCUUCUGCUUUACGUCGCCUGCGCACCCUUUUAGCUCUCAAAGUCAGGAACGCUGUGUAUCUUGAUGCCUAUUCCCCUCCUCCUGAGCUUCUUCAAAUUCUUCCUCCUAAAUCUACUAUUAGAGGAUCAGAUUGCGGUCCACAAAUUGGUCCCAAUAAUCCUAAAUUUGUUUUGGGAAUGCAAGCACUCCUCGAUCUAGUCUUUGCUGUUGAGGGUUCUGUAUCUGAAGCAGCUAAAUUCCUGGGGUUAAGCACUGGGGCAUUAUCACGGUUGAUACUGUCAGAUGACUCUCUUCGCCUGGCAGUUAAUGAGUUGAGAACUUCCAAGGGUUUGAAGCCCCUAAAGUAAGAGUUCCAAUUGUCCAGUACGGCAGGUUUCGAUCAAUUUGUUGAGACGUUCUGCUGUCAGGAGGAUUUGGGCAGUGGUUCUGCUUCUGCAUACAAGAGCGUGAAAUAGGAGUUUAAGAAUGUGGUAUUAAUGUGAUUUGGAUUUUGGAGACGGCCGAAGCUCAAAGAUCAUCACUGAUAAUGAGCUACUAAGUCUAUCUUUCUGAUGUAUUUUCCCCUUGUAACAAUCUCCAAUUAAUUUCUUUUCUAUGCCAAGCUUUUCAUUUAUUUUGUUAUAUGUCAAACUUUUUAUUGUAAAGAGUAAUUCUAUCAAAUAAGAGUUUACCAAACUUUUUA